AUGAUAUCAAGUUUCCGCAAGGAACGGGGAGCGCGUCGACGCGAGAUGGAGCCGGCGCUGUGCUUGCUCAAGUCCCACUCCCUCCAGCCGGGCUUCGAACUCUCCCGCCUUGGCGAAAACGGCCACGUGAUUUCGUUCACUCCCCGUCCGUCGCUAGAGCUUUCGCAGACCACUCCUGGCGUGGUGGCGAACGAAGGAGCCGGCGAACCAGCCCAGGUGGUAACCCGUCAGUCCAAAGCAGCUGAUAAUCAUCGCCGGCAGCAGAGCUGCGGAGGGCACGGGCCAACCGGCAACGAUGAUGCUUACAAGCCGUCUAUUUUGACGGUAACGAAGGAACAGCCGUCAUCUUUUGACGGCCCUGCCAGAGCAGCCGCGGCGCCCUGGGGUGGUGAAUACAUUGAAGCGUUCCGAUUGGCUCGUGUGGAAGACAAUCUGACGAACCACCUGAAGGACAACCUGCAGGGGAAGGAUGAACAGUGUCGCGCAGUCGAGUCUCCCGGCACGCUGGAGAUCUCUGUUGUACCCGACCAGGUUCAGGAGAAUUUCCAGGGUGAAGUGGGGACCACGGCGAAAUGCGAUGCAAGAACGACAGUCGCGGAUGCUGCUGAUCUGAUUGAUUCGCCCGACUCCGUAAUGGUAAACGCGGAAAUUACCCUCUCUGUGGGCAGCGAAUCCCCGGCUGUCAGCAACGAAGAUGCGCCCGCGGAUUGCGGAGUUGCGGAGAGCGGUGGAUGGGAAGGGAAUGCGCUCAGAAGCGACGGGGAGGCCGAUGGGGGGACGAGGACUGGGCUCGCGGAGGCGAGGGGGAAAUGCGCAGGCGAGAGCGGAGAAGAGGCGGCGGAAGGGGGUGCGCGGAGCAGCGGCUGGGAGGAGGGGGACGCGAAGGCAGCAAAGGAAGCGAAGGAAGCGGGUGCGGAGGUUAGCGAGACGGAAAAUGGCGGCCUAGAGUGUAAACCGCGGGCGCGUUUCAGAGGGCGGGUGAGCCUCCCCCAGCUGAACCUGCGCCUGACUGCCCUGCCACUGCUUCGGGCAGAAAGCUCGGGCAGCCCGAAACCAAAAGAGCAGGAGGAGGCAGCCCUGUGGACUGAGGAGUCUGGGAUAGCGAGAGGGGAGGGGCAGCAGGGGCGGAGAGGGGAAGGCGGAGCGGAUGCAUCCGCGGAUGGGGGGAAGGCGGAUGAGGGGAAAGCGGAUGAGGGGAGGGCGGAUGAAUUCGCGGAAGGGGGAAUUGAGAGCUGUCCAGCCCGGAUUGGCCCUCCGUCGUCUUCGUUAUUGUCACCGUCCGUUAGAAGGCCGUCGCAGUCAACGCCCCACACUCCCCAGGGGGGCGAGAAGCAUCGCCUCCGCACUGGUUUCGGCCGCGACGGCCGUCUGAAUCGCCUGCAAAUUCGGGACGGGCUGGGAGGAGAUCUGGAGGCGGAGGGGCGGCGGAACCAGCGCGGAGCCGAUGCGCUGGGGCAGGACCUAGAGGCGGAGGGCGGGGAAGGGGAAAACGCGCAGGCGGGCAGCCGGGAAGGGGCCGCGGGGGAAGCGCGCGGAGCAGCGGGGGCGGUGGCGGGAGUGGCGCUUGCAGCAGCGGUAGCAGCAGCAGCAGCAGCAGCAGCAGCAGCAGCAGCAGCAGCAGCAGCAGCAGCAGCAGCAGCAGCAGCAGCAGCAGCAGCAGCAGCAGCAACAGCAGCAGCAGCAGCAGCAGCUGCAGCAGCGCUGGCAGCGGCAGCAGCAGCAGCAGCUGGGAUAUCUGCGUUUGAGCCUGUUGAGACGAGUGCGUGUGGACCAUGGUCGUCACAUGAUCAAGCGUCAACUCACUCUGGCAAUCUAGGUGACUCGUUGGCACGGGUGGCAGCAGAGGGAGGUAUUGCUGAGGGUGCAGCAGGAGAAAGAGGAGCAACUCCUGCUGCACCCUCCUCCUCCUCCUCCUCCUCCUCCUCCUCCUCCUCCUCCUCCUCCUCCUCCUCCUCCUCCUCCUCCUCCUCCUCCUCUUCCUCCUUCUCUGUAGCCAUCACGUCAGCAGCAGCAGCAGCGGCGGCCGUGGCGACAGCAUCAUACAUUCUGAGGCACGACUCGCUCACUGCUGCUUCCCUGCUUGAUCUCGUCCCGCUCACUGCCUGCGAUGCUUUCUUCCCCUCUGAUACACCCGAUGCAAAUACUGUUCCUGCUACUGCUACUGCUACUGCUGCUGCUGCUGCUGCUGCUGCUGCUGCUGCUGCUGCUGCUGCUGCUGCUGCUGCUGCUGCUGCUGCUGCUGCUGCUGCUGCUGCUGCUGCUGCUGCUGCUGCUGCUGCUGCUGCUGCUGCUGCUGCGGCGGCGACCACUGGCGCGGCAGGUUUUGAGGCGCCUAAAAAAACGGCGGCGACCACUGGCGCGGCAGGUUACGAUGCUACAGCAGAACCAGCUGCAGCCGCUGAUGCUGCUCCAUCUGUUGCUGCUGCUGUAACAGUCCCUUACUCUGCCCCUGCCGUCGCUGCUGUCGGAGACUUGGGGAGCAGAGGGGGGAGCCUUGGUUCGUCGCUGACAGUAAAUGAGCCCGUUUCAGCACAAGAGAAGGCGGGCAAAGCAGGGGAUGCAGAGGAAUUGGAUACAGGGAGUGAAGAGAGCACAGGCAUCGCAGGGAGUGAGCCCUUGAAACCCACACAAGCUCUAGAAAGCAAGGUCAGUGUGAGCAAUAAUGGCUCAGAGAGCAGCAAUGGGAUUGUGAGUAGCAACGCUAAGAGCCGCUUCAAGGUUCGGAGCAGGAAGCCUGGAAGCUUCAGCAAGGCCCACCGCCGAGCCUCCAGCUCUGGUUCGGCGUUUGGCUUGGCGGCAGGCGAGGAAGCAGCGGAGCAGGUAGCUUCGUCCGGGCCUAUCACAGCUCGCCACGCGGCUGGGUCAGGUUCAGCUGUGGAACGCUGUCAGGGUUCUGGGGCCUCUGCGGGCGCUGUGGGUUGUCACAGGUGCGGGGGGGGUGAGGGGCGUAAGGGGCGUGAAGGGUGUGAGGGGACUGAGGGCUGUGAAAGCUGUGAAGGGCCUCGAGAAUCUCAGGGGUGUGAGGGAUCCGGUUUACAGGGGUCUGAUUCUCAGGAGCGCCGUUCUCAGGGGUCCCGUGCGCCGUUACGACCCCGGGCGCCGCUGAGAUCGGCAUACAGUGCGAGGCGGCGGGCGUUGGAGCGAGUGUCAAAGCUGGAGCGAGCCGGCACUGAAAUUGAGCUGGCGGGGGAGACGAUGGCUUAUAUCUGGACGCACACGCCCUCCCUGCAGCGCUCUCUGCGCCGCUCCAACUCCUCGGCCAAUCACAGCACUGCAGCACGCGGGCAGGGGAGCAACAGCAGCAGCAGCAGCAGCAGCAGCACCAGCGGCAGCGGCAGCGGCAGCAGCGGCUAUCAGCCUUCGUUCCGACCGUACGGUUUGCCACAGCGGGCAGCAGGCCGGCACAGCACCAAGCCAUGCACUCAGCCGCCUCCCGCUGACACCCAGCGGCGCCUCGUGUCGAUCUCCGACCCCCGCGACCUGCCCUUCAGAGCGCCUGUCGCUGCCUCGGUUACCACCCUCCCGUCCUUUGCAGAAUACCGCGCGAAACUGGCCCUGGAGAAACGUGGGAGUGGGGGUGGUGGUGGUGGUGUUGGUGUUGGGGGUGGUGGUGAGGGUGGGAGUGGGGAAGGGGGGAAGGGGUUGGAGGGGGCGCUUGGGAGGAAGAGGGGCAAAGGGCGCGGGUUGAGGAGGGAAGGGAGUGGUGACUGUGAGAAGGGGAGGGUGGGAAAAGGGGAUAAGGGGAAGUUGGAGACGCAAAUGGGGUAUAAGGAGAAGGAGGAUAUGGAGAAUGGGGCCAGGGGGAAGGGAGAUAUGAAAAAAGGGGAUAAGGGCAAGGUGGGAGAGAGGAGGAGGCACCAUGUAAGAAGCUUCUUGCUUCCUGAAACUGUAAGCGAGCAUGGAGAGGGGAUGAGCGGUGGAAUGGAGGCGUCUGCUUAUGAGGCGUCUCGGGAACAAGCAGAAGGGGCGAGCAGUGGAGAGGAGAGAGGGAAUCAGUUGAUUGCAGUGGAGGAAGGAGAGGGGGAGAGCGGUGGAGUGGAGGAAUCUGCUGAUGAGGCUUCUCGGGAACAGGCAGAGGGGGCGAGCAGUGGAGAGGAGAAAGAAGGUGCUACUGUUGCCCUGCAGGGCGGCAGUGGGCCAUCUGACUGCAUGGAGGAAGCAGCUGCUACUGAGACCCUCCAAGGCCACGUUGACUUUUGA